UAAUUUAGUACUUUUAGACAAGACAAAAAUGUCAAUUGUAAGAGAACCUCGUUCUAUUGCAAGAAAAUUUUUGGCAAGGCCUCAACAAGAAGGCCUUGGAGCUGUUGUUAGAAGAAGUAUUGGAAGGUUUGAGUUAAGAUACUUUGAUCCAUUCAUUGUUUUGGAUGAAUUCUCAGUUUCUGCUCCAGCUGGUUUUCCUGAUCAUCCACAUAGAGGCUUUGAAACUGUCACGUACAUGUUGCAGGGAGCUGUGACACAUGAAGAUUUUGAUGGACACAAAGGCACAAUUAAAGCAGGUGAUUUACAAUGGAUGACUGCUGGAAGAGGAGUAGUUCAUUCAGAAAUGCCUGCAACUGAGGGAAUUCAAAAAGGUUUACAAUUAUGGAUUAACCUCUCCUCCAAACACAAAAUGAUACAACCAAGAUAUCAAGAAAUAUCAGGUGCAAACAUAGGAGAAGCAACAAAAGAUGGAGUAAAAGUGAGAGUUAUAGCAGGAGAAGCACUAGGAAUAAAAUCAACUAUACACACAAAAACUCCAACAAUAUAUUUGGACUUUACUCUAAAACCAGGAUCCCAAAUUCAACAACCAAUUCCCAAAUCAUAUAAUUCAUUUGUAUAUAUUUUAGAAGGUGAAGGUAUUUUUGGUCAAGAUUCAAGAACAAAUUCACCUAUAUCUUCACAUAAUUUGUUGCUUUUAAGUGGAUUUGGUGAUGGACUUGUGGCAUGGAAUAAAGGGACAAAAAUACUAAGGUUUAUAUUAGUAGGUGGAGAGCCAUUGGGUGAACCAAUAGAACAAUUGGGACCUUUUGUGAUGAAUACUCAAGAAGAAAUUGAUCAAACUAUUGAGGAUUUUGAGAAUUAUACUAAUGGUUUUGAGAAAGCUAGGUAUUGGAGAUCUCAAGCUAGAGUUGAGCUUGGUUAUUAAUUAUUGAUAAGUGGAAAUUUACAGAUUCGACUGAUUCAGAUUCUCGUCGCUUUUGGA